CUAGGAGAAGACUACACUUCUCUAGUCACAACCCUAACUGCUAGGGUCGAGCCCAUCACAGUUGGGGAGUUGUACUCACAACUUCUUAACUUUGAGACUCGUAUGGACCUAACCUAUGGAGGCAAUAGUCCAGGGUCUGGAUCCGCAAACGCCGCCAGUCGGGGACGUGGUGGUUUCGCAAGAGGAGGCCGCAACCAAGGAGGACAUGGCGGCCAGAACAAUCAGCGUGGCCGCGGGCGCGACAGUGCUUCGGCACGUGGUCGCGGCAACGUCAACAACGCGUCGCAAAGGGGUGGCGGGCGCGGUGGCUACAACAACAACCACGACCGUGCACCGCCAUCUGAUGGCGAUGAACGCCCUCUAUGCCAAGUCUGCUUCAAGUCCGGGCACACAGCGGAUCGAUGCUGGCACAGGUAUAAUGAGAACUAUGUGCCAGAUCCGAAGCUAGUCGCAGCUGCAAUGAACUCCUACACCAUUGACAACAAUUGGUACACCGACACCGGCGCCACCGAUCAUAUCACAGGUGAGCUGGAGAAGCUGUCUUUCAGAAACAAGUACAAUGGAGGAGAUCAGAUCCACACAGCAAGUGGUGCAGGAUCAGGCAACGAAGAAUACAAUUCUUAGAGGAAAAUGUCACAACGGGCUUUAUCCUCUUCCUUCAUUUCCAAUAAAACAAGCUUGUGGUGCCGCCAAGAUUCCCUUGUCACGGUGGCAUUGUCGCUUAGGUCAUCCAUCUUCAACUACUGUUAAACAAGUUGUUAGUAGAAAUAAUUUGUCUUGCCUAGAUGAAUCAUCUAGUGAGUCGGUUUGUAAUGCAUGUCAGCAAGCUAAGAGUCAUCAGUUGCCUUAUUCGAGAUCUUCAAGUGUGUCUACUUUUCCUUUAGAACUUGUGUUCUCUGAUGUCUGGGGGCCUGCACCAGAGUCAGUUGGUAGAAAAAAAUACUAUGUGAGUU